GCGCGCGCGCGCGUGCGUGCGCGGGCGGAGAAAGCGGCGGGGAGCCCCAGGCGGGAGCGCGCGGCGUCUCCACCCCAGACAAGAGACCAACAAGAAAGGAUGAAAUCAACAGAUCUGUGCCUUAGCUCUCCAGGGGCUGAAGUUGUUCUAGCCACAUCAAGUGAUGAAAAAUACCCCCCUGAAAACAUCAUUGAUGGAAGUUCAGAAACGUUUUGGACAACAACAGGAAUGUUCCCCCAGGAAUUCAUUAUUAGUUUUCAUAAAUGUGUAAAAAUCAGCAAACUCACAAUCCAGUGUUACUUAGUGCGGAGUUUGAGGAUUGAGAAAAGCUUAUCUAAAGAUCCAGUAGCUUUUGAAGUGUGUAUCGAAAAAGAUUUACAAUACACAGAAGGGGCGCUUCAAACGGAAGAAUUUUCUCUUCCUGAAUUCCAAGCUACCUACUUGCGAUUCAUCAUCAAAUCUGCCUUUGAUCAUUUUGUUUCAGUGCACACAGUGACGGCAGAAGGAGUAGCAGAAAAUAUUUAAGACCAAAUUUAAAGAAUUGCCUCAAAAAUUAUUUGUAAUGAUAUUUGUAGCAUAAAGGAUAUAUUUAUUAUUCAAACAUUAUAUUAAAAUGGAUUUUUAAAAUAUG